GUGUGAGAUACCGAGAUGCUUGUGUUCAGAGGAACCAAAAGAACCACAGACCCGCCGAGGAACCAGAAGCACCAAUCACAGCAGACCCACGGCCCACAGCGGAACCACAGAACCAAGGAACCCAGAGUUGCUGCAGCUGUUUCCUCUCUCAUGCCCAACAGCUCGGUCACCACGUACGCGGUCCCCUCCGACCACCAGCUUGGACACGGAGGCUCCGUGUCGGACGAAGCGGCGAAAGUCAAGCGGGUCCAACAGCAGGUCCAGAUGCGACUAGCGGAGCGCUCGAGCGGCUCGCUGCCCCGGACAAGCACCCAUCAGUACGGCACUGCAGAGUUGAAUGGCUCCUCCACCCUGCGGUACCACACCUAUAACCCCGGCUUCAGCAGCGUCUCCUUGGCCCACAUUGCCAGCCGCACCAAACCCGUUGCCCGAGUGUCCCAGUAUUCCGGCGGUGGCGGCGGCUUCUCCUCGCGCUCGGCGGUGGAGAUCGGCACCCACCGGCGCAUGAGUACGGGCGCUCCACUGGUGGCCCCCGGCCAGCGCCCCGCGUACCACUUCCACGACGACACGCUGGUGGGCAGCAGCGGCGGCGGCGGCGGCGGCGGCUACCACACGGCCAGCCACGCACACUACCAACAGCAGCAGCAGCAGCAGCAGCAGCAGUCCCGCGUGGUCAGCCGCGCGGCCGAGACGCAGCAGCAGGAGGUCACGACCCUGCGCCAGCCGUCGCCCGUGCCCAGCUGGGCGGCCAGAGAGGGGCUCACUUCGGAGCGCUACGUCUACUACAGCGGCGCCGGCGGGGGUGGUGUGGGCGUGGGUACGCUACCCAAUCCCGCGCCCAUGCAGCGCACCCUGAGCGGGACGUUGGCGCGCGGUGGGUGGAGGGAGCCGGAACUCAUCCACCAGUACUCCUUCAAAGGCCCCGCCCAGAGGACGCUCAGCCGCUUCAGCAACUACCGCCACCAGCACCACCAGCAGCACCAGCAGCAGCAGCAGCAGCAACAGUUCCAGCAGCAGCAGCAGAUGAAUCGUGGCACGCUGCAGUACCAGCAGGUGGCCAGCGGGGGCGGCAGCGUGCACGGGCAGAGCACGAUAAGGCGUGCGGGGUCUCUGCACAGUCUGCGGAGCGUGGGGAAAGGUGGAGACAUCCUGGACGGAGAUGCAUGUGGAGGCAGCGACGCCCUUGGAGGCAUGCAGAACUUGGACAUGCCGACAGCCGUCAGUUACCUUGGCAACUCGGACGUUGCCAUGCAGAUGCUGGGAGCUGCCUACAUUCAGCAUCAGUGUUACCAUAGCACUGACGCCAAGAGCCAGGUGCGGCAGCUGAAAGGCAUCCCUGCGCUGGUGGAGCUGUUCAGCAGUGAGAGUCAGGAGGUGCAGCGCUACGCCACUGGGGCCACACGGAACCUCAUCUACGAGAACAUGGACAACAAGACCGUCCUCAUCCAGGCCGGCGGCAUCGGCAAGCUCAUGGAGGCCCUCGGAGAACCUGACGACGAGCUUCGCAAGAACAUCACCGGUAUCCUGUGGAACCUGUCGUCGAAGGACAACCUAAAGGAGAAGCUGGCCAAAGAGACGCUGUCCGAGCUCACAGAGAAGGUCCUGGUGCCGCUGUCAGGAUGGGGCGACGCAGGGGUCAUCCAGCAGACUCCGUCUGAGGCUGACAUCUUUUACAACACCACCGGGUGCCUGAGAAACCUGAGCUCGGUAAGUGGGAAGACCAGGCAGCAGAUGCGAGAGACUCGUGGGCUGGUCGAUUCUCUCGUUGCCUACGUGCAGAACUCUCUGGAGGAGGGCAAAGCUGAGGACAAGGGCGUGGAGAACUGUGUGUGUGUGCUGCGGAACCUGUCCUACCAGCUGUACAGUGAGCUGCCUCCAUCAGUGCUGUUGCGUCUGGAGGGCCCCACCAGGGGGCAGGACACCCAGGAGAGCACCGCCAUCGGCUGCUUCACACCGCAGAGCAAGAAGGCCAAAGAGCAGAAGAACCAGGAGUUGUCCACUCUGUCGGAAGUGGCCAGACAGCCCAAAGGGGCAGAGUGGCUGUGGCACCCCCUAGUGUUGGGGCUGUACAGCCGCGUCCUGCAGGCCUGUGAGAACAACGCUGCCACCAGGGAGGCCGCUGCCGGAGCCCUACAGAACGUCACCGCCGGAGACAGCCGGUGGGCGUCUGUGCUGAGUCGAGUGGCUCUGGAGCAGGAACGUUUGCUGCCAGUGGUGCUGGACCAGCUGAGGACCCAGAGUGACGUGGAGCUGCGCUCCCUUACAGGGCUACUGAGGAACCUGUCCCGCCAUGGCCGCAACAAGGACGACAUGGCCACUAAGGUGGUGAACAUCCUGGUGACUAAGUUGCCAAGCGACGGGCACCAGAAGCAGCCGUCUGGUGAGGUGGUGGUGAACAUCUGCGGCACGCUCAACAACCUGGUGGCCGGCAGCUCGCUGGCUGCCCGGGACAUCACCUUCUUCGGAGGACUGCCCAAACUGGUGGCCAUCAAGACCUCCCACGACAAUAGCCCUGGGAAGCUGAAGGCUGCCAAGGCUGCCUCCACUGUGCUCUCAAACAUGUUCCAGUAUUCCAAACUGCACAAGGAUUAUAAACAGAAAGGAUUCACCAAGCAAGACUUUGUGGACCCAACGCUCUGAACGCCUUCUGUGAGUGAGUGACUGAGUGAGUGAGUGAAUGAAUGAGUGAGUGACUGAGAGUGUAUUCUGAGUGAGUGAGUAAGUGAGUGAGAGUUUGUAUGAAUGCAUGAGUGAGCAACUAACUGAGUGAAUGAGUAAGUGAGUGAGUGACUGACUGUCCGUCUGUCUUCAAGAGUGUUCCGGAGACCUCCGCCAGAUGCCGAGGUGCUGAAGGACAACAUGAAGACCCCUAUUAAGGAGCCCCUACACCCUUACUGGAGCUGUGGCCUAGCACCCACACUUUUAUCUGGGCUUGGAUUGCUCUGGCAGCCUGUUAGCAAAACACUGCAGCUCUCUUUAUCUGUCUAUGUAAGAAGGAAGCUGGUGGAGAAGAGACGCUAAUUUAACCUGCUGGAAAACUGGACGAUGAGUGUAUGUGUGUGUGUGAGUGUGUGUGUGUGCCUGUGUGUGUGUGUGUGUGUUUGUGUGAAUGAUGUGUGUGUGUGUGAGUUUUCCAGACUGGCAAAACUGAUAGCAGUAGCCCACUUCCUGCGCAUGUGGCUUUGUGUAUGAGUGUUUAAGUUUGUACAACUGAUCAUUUUAACAGCGGCAUUUGUAUUUCAUAUUUGGUUGUGUGUGUCUGUGUUUGUGUAUUUGUUACGUGUGUGUGUGUGUGUGUGUGUGUGUGACUGUGUGUGUUUAUAAACACUGGACUGGUCCAGCUAUGGUGUUUUAAAGGCCCGUGACUCAAACACUGACCAAUACCACCUGGCCUCCUAUAAGCACACAUGCAUCACGCCUCUCAAAUUCGGGUCCCAUUCACCUGCAGUCCUCCCUGUGGGUCUCUAAGUAACUCAUGUUGGAAGGAAGAUCCACUGUUUGAGCCCUCUUCAGUAGCCACCAUUCCCUGUGGGUGGGCUGCAAGCAGUGGCUUCUGGAAUAGAUGUCCAAAAUAAUUCACUAUUUUUAUUUUUUCUUGGACAAACAAUAGGAAAGAUCUGACUUGGUUUGGCUGGACUGUGGGUCCUGUUGGGUGGAAACCAUUUUUUGGAAUUUAGCAUGUAGGUUAUUAACACAAAAACACUGUAUCGGAAGCAUUGUGUUUUUGUUUUCCUGACACUCACACACAGACACACACACACACACACACUGUAGCGGGCUUUGUGUUUGCGUGUUGCCACUCAGCGUCUCACCCCUAGUCCAGGCUUACUGCUGUCGUGUGUACUGAAGCUUUCUGCAAUUUAGGAGGGAAUUCAGUCAGAUCUCUUGGCCUGUACUGUUCCCAGAUGUUCCAGAAUGCGCUGGAACACAGAACUCUUCUGAAUUCUGACUGAGUGGGAUGGGUGGGGAGAAAGGCUAUUAUGCAACAUUGGCUAGGAAACCUUUUGUUUAUGGGCUGAAUGAAUGGCUAGGGAUAAGUAAAUGGGAUGUUUUUUUUAAGUCAUGUGAUACAGUAGAUAUCCCAUUGGUCAACUGAUUGUUUCAUGCUGAUGUAAUGCUGCAUAUCCUUGUUAGGCUUUCAAAAAUGUUUCACAAUGUUAUUAAAAUUUGAACUUGAAAUGGA